GCAACAGUCCGAUUUGCGUGUCAUCGUAACUUUGUCCAAGAGAAGUUCUCCUUCAUGUGGAGCGCUAGUGCCGCGCUGUUCGCGCUCGUGGCGCUUAUUGGUUUCCUGUCUGUGUGCAUCGCCACGCUCAUGACGAUGUUUGGGCCUGGUAUCGAUCGCCAGAAUACGCGGCGAGGAGCUCCACACACUGCCUCGCAUCAGGAAUUUUUGCUCUCCCACGUGCAUGCAGGUAACGAAGAAUCCGGUUUGAUGGAGCGACCGCGACCAAACGGGGAACUCGUGCGGCUGUUCUAUCGGUUCUGGCUGCCUCGGCAUCUAGACAGCGCCAAGGACGCCAAAGCCGUCGUUGUCGUGCUGCACGGUGUCAACUCGCAUAGUGCCCGCAACAACUCGUUCAUGGUGGAGGUGCUGCAGCACGGCUUCCUUGUUGCUGGGAUGGACCACGAGGGCAUGGGCCGCAGCGAUGGUAGACACGGUUAUUUCUCCAGCAUAGACUUGCUGGUGGACGACGCUAUCGCCUUCAUAGAUUUGGUCAAGGUUAAGUAUCCCCACAAGAAGAUUUUUCUACUUGGCGCAUCGCUGGGUGGGUUAAUUAUCCUGCAUGCGCUUAGUAAAAGUCCGAAGCUGGUCGAUGGCGCCGUCAUUCUGUGUCCAGCGACGGAGAUCCACAAAGCCUCUCGACCUUCGUAUCUGAUGGAGCUUAUCGGCCGAUUGUUGCAGGAAUAUAUGCCCAAGUUGCCAUUGGUAAAAGCUAACAGUGGCAAGAACAGCUCUCCCGAGGUGGCAGCGAUUAUCGACGCCGAGAAGUUCUCGGAUCCGCUGUAUUACCCUGGAAAAAUGCGCGUCGGAACGGGCCUUGCAUUGCUAGAAGGCAUCACGAGUAUCCAGGAUAAAUUACCGCUGAUUGAGACGCCAUACUUGCUGCAACACGGCACAGCAGACCAAGCCUGCAGUGUCACCGGCUCAGCGGCGCUUCAUCUCAAGACCAGAAGCGCCGAUAAAACCUUCAAGACGUACGAGGGAGGACACCACGACUUGGCUAGUGAACCUCCUCGCAUUCGUGAUGCUGUAGUGCGCGACUUUGUGGCUUGGCUAGAAGCUCAUUCCAGGCAGUAGACCAUGACGUAGAAUGCUAAAAACUAACGUGCUUCAUUAAUACAAGCAGAAGUGGAACUUGUUACCUUUCACUUACUGCUGAUGUUCCUGCCACUACCGUGUGGUGCAUCACUCACAAUAAAAAAGCAGAAGAUAGAGGAGACGUGCAGGAACAACCGGGAGCUCAUGCU